CCUUACUGUUGAAAAUUGAUCCUCUCUUUAAGAUUAUGGAUUAUUAGUUUCAUUAUAACUUAUAAUUCAUAAAACAUCAUAACUUACUGUCAAUGACCAUAAAUGCAUUACAAGUUUUUUGUUUCCUUCUUUAAGAACACACAAGGAUAGCAAUGCCCUAGCGUGGUUGGAGGGAGAGGAUUUGGUCCUAGUACUUCCUUUUAAGUGGUUUGGUGUUUUCAUACCUUGCCUGGUUGGUUUUGAUUGUUUUAAUUACAUAGGCCCUCAAUACUGCUACCGUUGGCUGAUGUUACUGUUCUUGUUGCCUGUUCACAUACACACUCAUUUUUUUUCUGUCUUAUAUGCUCUAGAUUCUUCUCCAAGUCCACAACACAAAAAAUCACAAUAUCCUGGUUUAGCCCAUCUCUCUCUCUCUUUUCACAUCCUCCAAGACCCUACUUCCGAGUGAGAUAUAAUGGUGUAGUCCCCGUCAACUAUGAUUUACACAGCUAUUGACACGUUCUAUCUAACGGACGAACAACUUCAGGACACACCUUCUAGAAAAGAUGGAAUAGAUGAAGCCACUGAAACGACACUUAGAAUAUAUGGCUGUGAUCUUAUCCAAGAGAGUGGCAUUUUACUUAAGGUACCGCAGCAGGUAAUGGCCACUGGUCAGGUUCUAUUCCAUCGGUUCUACUGCAAGAAGUCAUUUGUUCGUUUCAACGUGAAGAGAGUUGCUGCGAGCUGUGUAUGGCUUGCCUCAAAACUAGAGGAAAACCCUAGGAGAGCGAGGCACGUUCUAAAUGUUUUCCACAGAAUGGAAUGCAGAAGGGAGAAUCUACCGAUAGAGCAUUUGGAUGCCUUUUCAAAGAAAUAUUCAGAAUUGAAAAUGGAUUUGAUCAGAUCGGAACGACAUUUACUAAAGGAGAUGGGUUUCAUAUGCCACGUUGAACAUCCUCAUAAGUUCAUAUCAAAUUAUCUUGCCACUCUUGAGACACCCCCAGAGUUGAGACAGGAAGCUUGGAAUCUUGCAAAUGAUAGCUUGCGCACAACUUUAUGUGUGCGGUUCAAGAGUGCGGUUGUGGCUUGUGGAGUUGUAUAUGCUGCUGCUCGUCGAUUCCAUGUUCCCUUGCCUGAAGACCCUCCAUGGUGGAAAGCAUUUGAUGCCGAAAAAACGGGCAUAGAUGAAGUUUGUAGAGUUCUAGCUCACUUAUACACUCUACCUAAGGCACAAUACAUUCCCGUAUGCAAGGAAGGUGGUUCUUUUACGAUGUCUAAUAGGUCAUGGGAUUCACCAUCUCAACCUCUUCCCAAGGAAGGUCCAUCAAGUGGCCCACCAAUGCCUGAAGAUGCAAACACAAGCAAGGUGUCUCCUGCAGCUGUUAUUCCAGAUUUUGCAGUGAUAAAAGCAGCAAUUGGUAAGUUGAAAGAUUCAACAAAGAGUGAUGAUAAUGUUCCCGUUGAGGGAGAGGUUAAAGAGGAAGCUAUUUCAAAAAGCAAGGGUGAACAUAGAACAGAUACCAGCGGAGAGCAAUCAAGAGACAGAGAACGAGAUAAGGAAAGGGAAAGACAUAAGGGUCGGGAACGUGAAAGAGGGAGAGAUUCUGAAAGGGAAAGGGAGCGAGAUGAUGCAGAGAGGGACAGAGAAAAAGUCAAAGAUAGGAGCCACCGGUCAAAGGACAGAGGGAAGGAUUCAGGACAUGCUGAAAAAGCGAAACACCAUUCUUCCCGAGAUCGGGACUACCAUGGCUCCUCAUAUUCUUCACGGGAGAAGGAUCGGCAUAGGCAUCAUUCAUAUGGUUAAUACUUACUCGCAAGACAUAAUUGUAAUUUAUUAUAAACUUUGACAUGGAGCAGAGAUAGAUGAUAUGUUUGUGUUGGAUGGCAAAAACUUGGACCAUUUUCUGUAUGAUUAACAACAGCAGCUUAUCUUCAAUUUAUGUUGCAACAUAAUUGUGU